AUGCUAAAAUUUUCAAAAUAUGCUUGUCAAAAAAUUAUUUGUAGUGAAAAUUAUAUCACUAAUAGAAUAAUCAACAUUUCAAACAACAGUCUAUUAUAUUUAAGAACAAGCAAUAGAUAUCCAAAAUAUAAGUUUUGCUUUAGAGAUUACAAAAAUUUCAAUGUACUUAAGGAUUAUAUUUUUGAAAACAGAAGUGAUAGUGAAAAUAUAAAAAUAGAAAUAAGUGAAUUUUUUAAUAAAAAUCAAAUUUAUUAUUGCAAAAAAAACAAUAUAGACAGUUUAUUAAUUAAUGAAAAUUUAUAUACACAUUUAAAAAAUAUAUUUGUUUUAAUUGAUAGAAUAAAUCAUUACUUAGUUAAACAGAACUCUUUUAAAUAUAGAAAUAUUUAUCCACAUGGUAUAAUUGAAAAUAAUGUUUAUAUAAAUAGAAAGUUAUAUUUAUUUUAUCUUGAAACACCUAGUGAAUACAAAAGUAAAAUUUCAUUUGAUAUAGAAAAAAUUCUUCAUGAUAGAGAUUUUCUAGAUUUGUGCAAGGAAAUUCAAAAUCUAGACUUUUAUUCAUUAACUUCAUUUCUCUUUAUAUACAAAAAAUUAAUAGAACACAAAUGUGACAAUUGUAAAACAAUUUUUUUUUUCUAUGAAAUAGAUAAGUUUAUUUUACAAAAUUUAUGCAUAUUAAUAAAUAAUAUUAGAUCAAAUUAUUUUAAUAAAAAAAAUAGAAAUUAUGAAAAAAAUAUAAGAGGCAAUAAAUUACAUUUUUAUCAAGAAUAUAUAGAAAUAUUAAAUAUAUUAAAUGUUUUAAAGAAUAAUAAAAAAAAAUAUAUAAACUUUAUUAAUUUUAUAUUAUAUUGUCAAUACAAAAAUAUAUAUAAACAUUAUCAUCAUUAUAAUUAUUCUUACUCUAUUAGCAUACUUCAUUUAAUAAAUGAGGUAAUUUUUUUUCAGUUAAAUUCUUCUUAUAUAAAUUAUAACAAAGAAAAAAAAAAAUCUGACAAUUUUUACUUAGUAUUAAAUAAUAAUUAUUUUUAUAUACAAAAAGACAAAUUUACAUGGAAUUAUAUUGAAAAAUAUUAUGAAGACAUAGAACCUUACAAUAAUAAUAAUAAUAAUAUCAAUAAAAAUUUACAAAGUUUUUUUUUUUAUGAUAAUAAGGACUUAAAUAAUGAUUUAUAUGUUUUAAAACAGUAUGAUAUAACAAAUUUGAAACAUAAUAAAAAAUCUACUCCUUUCAAAAAACCCUUAAUUUAUGAGGAAUACAGUAAUGUAGAUGAUCAAAAGUAUGAUUGUAAUGAUGCAUGUGAUAUUAUUAAAGAAGUUAAUAAUGAAUUUAAAUUUAUUUCAAAAGAUAUAGAUUGUUCGUAUUUAUUAAAAUAUUAUAUUAUAUUGCUAACCAUAAUUGUUAAAAAAAUCAAAUAUGUAGAAAAUAGAAAUGUUCUAAAUGAUAUAGAAUGUGUAUUAGAAAGCGUUAAUAUAUUGAUGUAUAUAAAUAGCAAAUGUGUUGAUCUAAAUAAAAUAAUAAGUGAAAAGGAUACAUUUUUAAGGAAUAUCAGUUCAUUUAAACAUAAUGAAAGCUUAUACUUUUUAUUAUUUUUAAAUUUUGUUUUUAAUAUUUUAAAAAAUUUAAGGUAUUCUAAUAAUUAUUUAAAAAUAUCGAAAAAGUAUGAUAAAAAUGAAAAUUUUUUUAAAAUUCUUUCUUUAAUAUCCAACAUUCGAUAUUUAUUAAUUAUUAAUAAAAAAGAUUCGGUAAAUCGGAACUUCAAUGAACCUCAAAUAGAAUGUGAAAAUAAAUUUUUAAUAGAGUUGGAAAAUAUUAGAAGAAAUUUAAUUAAAAAAGUAAAUAAAAAUUUAUGUUUACUAACCAAUGAAAUAACUUUGAUGUAUUCAAAUUACAUAAAAUUAAUUCAUGAUAAUAAUAUUAAUUAUAAAUAUAAUUUAUUGAAUUAUAUAUCAUAUGUAUUUAAUGAUUUGUAUCUACAGAAUAAUUAUCAAAUGAAAAAAAAUAUUCUUUUAUAUUUUUUAAAACAUUAUAAAAAUUUCAAUUCUGUAUUAGUAUUAAAUAAAGAUGAAAUAUAUUUACAGUAUAUUACGAUAUAUAAUUUUUUGAAACUAUUCAAAAAUGAAAUUAAUGAAUCAACAGGAGAGUAUGAGAACGUUUUAAAGAUGUUCAUGGAAUGUUUUGAUAACAGUAUUUAUUAUAAACUAAGUGAAGACAAGUUAAUGAAUAAUUGUCAUGAAAAAUAUAAAAUAAAAUAUUAUUUACACUUUUUAAAUAAAUUAUGUUAUUUUUUUUUUUUGUCAAAGAAAUAUAUUACGAACUGUGAAUUUCUUAACCAGAUUAAUUAUCAUUUCUAUUUAACUUUUUACAUGAUUAAUCAAUAUAUUGAAAAAAAUAUGAACUAUUCAGAAUUAUUUACUUACUUUGUUAAUAAAUGUAUGAAUAAAAUAAUAGUUUUAUUAGUUAUUCAUAAAUACUUCAAUAUAUUGGGAGAAGAUCUAAUUAAAUGCUUGGUAAAAUUUAUGCAUUUUACACACAAUAUUGUUAGCAAUGAAAAAAAAAGAAAAAUACUUAUAUACAUUUUUCCUUAUAUAAAAGAAGAAAAACAUAUUUUGAAUAAUUUAAGGUAUCUUUUAAUUAAUAAAGAAACAGCAUUACAUAAUACAGUAAAAAAAUCUACAGAUAGUCCUAUGGGGGAAAGCAGUAUUAAUAAAAAUGAAAAAAAAGAAAGUAAUGGUCUAUAUACAAGAGUAAAAAAUAAUCUUUGUGAAGAUAAGGAAAAUGAUUUAUACAAUGAAACUUUUAGUUAUUUUAAAGGAAAAAAAAGAAAAGAUAUAAAUGAAUUAAGUGGGGAUAUGAAAAUGAAUACUACAGAAAUUACUAAAAUUCUUGAAAAAAAUAAAGAUACUAAAUUAAAUAAUAAUGAAUUAUAUAUAUUACUGGAUCUACAUAUGAAAGAAAAUUGCUUAAUAAAAAAAGAGAAUGUAUUAUUAAAAAACAAAUUAAAUUAUAUUCUUCUUAAUUUUGAGAAUUUUAUAUCAUCUUAUAUCAAUGUUUUGAUAUCACAAAAUCCCAUUUGCCUGUACGAAAAAGGACUCCUAAAAGUGAAAAACAAGAACGACUGCGUUUUAACAAAAAAAAAAAUUGAAAUAAAUCAUGAUUGCAUUAAUGAACUAAAUAAAAAAAAAAAUAUUGCUAGUUUAAAUAUAAAAUUUGAUUAUCAACAAAUUGAUGUUAAAAAUGAGUAUUUCUACAAAUUAAAAAAAUACGAAAAUAAAAAUUAUAUAAAAAUUAACAACAUCCUCAUAAACAUGUAUAUGUAUAAUCCUUAUAUAUGUGUUAAAAAUAAAAGUAUUUUUCUAAAAAAAGACAAGAAACAUAAAAAAAUAAUAAUUCUACCAUAUGAUACAUAUAAAAAUAUUCAAAAGUUGGUUAACUAUGAAGUAAAUGAAGAGCUAAAUUUAUUUAAGAGACUGCAAAGUUCAAUUUGCUUGUUUUUCUAUAAACUAAAAAUUUUUUUUAAAUAA